CUCGAUUGUACCAUAUAACCUGAGCAACCGCCAGCACCAUGUCAGACCUUCCCUCCGCCAUCCACCCCGACAUUCUUCCCCGCCUCGACCCUGAAUACGUCGCGAUCCACAAUGCCCAUAUAGCACACCGCGUGCCCCCGCACACGAUCCCUUGGCAUCCAGAUAUCAGGAAGGCACCUCCCAUCCCCGGUAGCUCGCCUGUCAGGACUGUCGGGGCUGUCAAGGAUAUCAGUUUGCAGAACUGCAAGAUUCGGGCAUUCAUUCCAGAGGGAAUACCUCCUCCAGAAGGGUGGCCGGUGUUGCUGUAUAUCCACGGGGGCGGAUGGACGCUUGGAAAUAUUGACACUCUGAACUCGUUCAUCUCGCGUCAAUGCAAGGGUGGGGAUGAGAACAAUUGCGUGUCGGUGGCCUUGGACUAUCGCUUGGCUCCUGAGAACCCAUAUCCUGCAGCAGUUGAGGACACAGUUGAUGCAUUGAAAUUCAUCUACUACAACGGGAAGGCAGAAUUCAAUGCGAACGUGAACAAGAUCGCGGUCGGAGGGUCGUCCAGUGGCGGCAACUUAGCUGCAAUCGCAUGUCUCAAAGCGCAAGAACUAACGCCUCCGAUCCCCAUCAUCUUCCAGCUAUUGAUUGUGCCUGUGACCGACAACACGGCAUCCGUGGCUGACGGGCGCUAUCCGUCCUGGAAAGAGUGCCAGAACACAGUUUGGCUGAGUGAAGGGCGGAUGAUGUGGUUCCGCAACAUGUACCUUCCUGAUCCUGCGACCUGGACAGAACCGGACAACUCGCCCAUCUUCGCGUCGGAUGCUUUGCUUUCCAAAGUCCCGCCUGCAUUCAUCGGCGUCUGUGAACUUGAUCUCCUUCGGGAUGAAGGAAUCGCGUAUGGCGAGAAGUUAAAGUCGCUUGGGGUGAAGGUAGAAGUCAAGCUAUAUCCAAGAGCACCACAUUUGAUUCUUGGGUUGGACGCUGCACUGAUGGUUGGGAAGCAGCAAGCUGAUGACUCCGUCAAGGCAGUGGGUGAUGCUUUCAAAGCGGCAUAG